CAGCAACGUAUAAAUCUUUACUCCUUACUUUUUGGACUAAAUAUAUUCCAGAAAAUGAUGAUGAACACAAAGAAGCUAAUCAAGAUGGUCAAGAAAUGGCAACAAAGAGCAGCCCUCCAUAGGAAAAGGAUCUCAUUUCAGAGGUCGAGUUCUAGUGGUAGCAGCUCAACUUCAGUAGAGAAGGGUUGCUUUGUGGUUUAUACGGCGGACAGAGCCCGCUUUGCUUUUCCAAUAAGUUACUUGAGCAACUCUGUUUUCCAAGAACUCUUGAAAAUCUCUGAAGAAGAGUUCGGCCUCCCCACGGAAGGACCAAUCACAUUGCCAUUCGAUUCUGUUUUCUUGGAGUAUCUUAUUAAAUUGAUCCAGCGACGAAUGGAUGAAGAUACAGAAAAGGCUUUGUUAAUGUCAAUCUCUAAUGCUAGAUGCUCUUUGCAACUACAAAAUCAAAGUAGCAGUCAACAUUUGCUUGUAUUUUAGAGUGUAGCAGAUUAUGUAUUAGAUAGACACAGAAAUAC